GUCGAUUUAUUUUCAGCUAACGAUCAAAGUUCAGAAUAUUUUAUCUUGUAUUGUAUAUAGAAAUACUGCGAAUAUUCCGACAGAUGUCUCCAAUUCAAUUUAUACUUGCGUUGUAGAUCAGCGCAAUUACAAUUUAUUUAGCUUUCUACUGACAUUCGAUGUUGAAAUCAUAAUAAAUAAAUCGUGAAAUCGUGAUACUUGUUAUUUCAUGUUACGUUUUAUAAUUCAAUAUCAAAGAAUUCAGUGUUAUUUUAAAUAUAAAAAUCUAAUUAUUGGUGUGUUUUUUGGUGAAAUAACAAAUGUAAUUUAUUAAAAAUAAAAAUUUUAUUGUAUCAUGUCGACAUUAAAUAAAUAUACUUGUCAACUAUCUUCGGAGGAGAAGAUAUAUUUGGCGGCUAAUUUAAAUGAAACUGAUGAAAUUAGACCAAUUAAAAUUGCUGAAAUAAGACAAUGGAUAAUACAAAAUAACGACUUACAUGCGCCUACAGAUGAUUUUUUCAUUCUUCGUUUCUUAAGAGCAUGCAAAUUUAAUGUUGAGAAAACAAAAUCUAAACUUUGGAAUUAUUAUAAGCAGAGAGCAAAUCUUCCUGAAUGGUAUAGUAACAGGAAUCCUUUUUUACCAGAGUUACAAGAACUGUUUGAUUUAGGGGUGUUUUUACCUUUGAGAAAAUUAGAUAACCAAGGCAGAAUGAUUGUGAUAAUACGCGUAGCUGCGCAUUCUCCCAGUAGGCAUAAAAUGUCAGAUAUGUUGAAGGCUUCAUUAAUGAUUUUGGAUGUAGCAUUACGAGAUCACGAGUCAGUAACAAUAUAUGGUGUAACGAGUAUCUUGGAUUUAGACAAUAUUACAUAUGAGCAUGUUCUCCAAUUACCACCGAAUGUUAUUAGAAAUUUAGUUCAUGCAUGGCAGGGUUGUUAUCCUGUUAGAAUUUAUUCGUUGGACUUUAUUAAUGCUCACAGAUUCGUGAAUACAGUAUUAAACAUUUUUAGAAGUUUUAUGAAUAAAAAAUUGAAACAGAGAGUUCAUGUUCAUUCACGCGAUAAAUUAAAGUUACACGAAACUUUGCCGAAGAAUAUAUUGCCAAAAGAAUAUGGUGGUACGAAUGGAACGAUAAAAGAAUUAAGUGAGUAUUGGAAGCAUGUUGUUGAAGAGAAUCAAGAGUGGUUCAUCGAGGAAGAAAAAUACAAAUUAACGUUGAUUAAAUAAUAAUUAAAAUAGAUUGGAAUUAAUUUACAGCAAUGAAGGAUUGCAUAUGCAAUUGUUGGAAUAGUUAAUAGCGAAAUACAAGAUAGACACCGAAAUAUUUUUUUAUUUUUUGUAAAUAUUUUUUAUACAGAAAAUAGAAUGGAAAAUGGAAAUAUAAACUGCAUUCUGUGUGUUCUUUCUUUUUUUUUUUUUUUUUUUUUAUAAAUCAUUUUUAUGUAUUCUCCGUAUAAGAGAAUCAAAUCGCCCGUUAAAAAUAUCGAUAAUAUAUAAAAUAUAAUUCAUAUGCUACAAUAUGGUACAUAUUUUAUGUCUUAAAAUCGAAUUGCAUACUAGCGCAUAUUAAUUAUUCUAAUUAUAUCGGUCAAUGUUGAUCUUUAUACAAAAUAUUACGGUUACACAUUAAACGUAUUUCCAUUUUACUUUUAUAUAUCAUUUCUUCGUUUUCCGCUUUGUUUAAUCGCAUCGAUUCUCAUCACGUUACAAGA